GCCGCAGAGCCCGUGAGGCUCCCGGAAAUGAAGCCGCAGACGAGGGGCUGUGCCGUAAAUGGAAAGUGAAAAACGUUGUUGCGCGGCUCUGUUUCAUGGGGGUGAUUGAUAUCAGGCGUCUUUCACAGAGUGUGAGCAGCUGCUGAGGGGGCGGCAGACUUGCCUGUCAGGACAACUGAAGAAGAAGAAGGCGGAGGAGGAGGAUGGCCGGCUUUUUGGAUAACUUCCGCUGGCCCGAGUGUGAAUGCAUCGACUGGGGCGAGAGGAGGAAUGCCGUGGCCUCCAUCGUGGCCGGAGUUCUGUUCUUCACCGGCUGGUGGAUCAUGAUCGACGCCGCUGUGGCGUAUCCAACCCAGGAGCAGAUGAACCACGCCUUCCACACCUGUGGCGUCUUUUCCACCAUCGCUUUCUUCAUGAUUAAUGCAGUUUCCAACGGCCAGGAGGGGGACACGUACGGAGAAGGCUGCAUGGGCCGGACAGGAGCUCGUCUCUGGCUCUUCAUCGGCUUCAUGAUGAUGUUCGGCUCGCUCAUCGGCUCCAUCUGGAUCCUGUUUGGAGGCUACGUAGUGCCGAAGAAAGAAGUGGCUCCGGGGAUGGCUGUGUUCUUUCAGAACGCCUUCAUCUUUUUUAGCACUCUGAUCUACAAGUUUGGCCGCACUGAAGAUUUAUGGGGUUAAGACGUCUCUACAGACACACACACACACACGUAUUUAUAUCCUUGUGGGGACAUCUCAUUGACAUAAUGCUUUCCCUAGCCGUUUACCCUAACCAUCAAAAAUGAACGCCUGACCCUAAACCAAAUCAUAACCUAGUUGAGUCUCAAAAAUGCCUUCAAACUGGGGCCCGGUAUUUUGGUCCCCAUGAGGGCUGCUUGUCCCCACAAGUAUAGUAUACUACCAAAUGUUGGUCCCCAUUAAGAUGUUAAUACCCGUGCACACACACACACACGGCCUUCAGAUGUUUUGUAUUCUGCUGUUUUAAUCGAAGCUGUAAAAACAGUUUUAGUAUUGUUGCUUUUUAAAUGGAGACCAAUCAGUGCUGCUGCGCGCGCACACACGCACGCACGCACGCGCACACACACGCACGCACACACACGUACACACGCACGCACACGCACGCACACACACACGUGUAAAUAUAGUUCUGUUAUGUUUCACUUCUCUGUGUCAGUCUCAGUGUGUUUUGUAAAAUGAGGGAAUUCCUGCUGGCGGGCAGGACCGCCGGUCUUACUGUUAAAGUGUCACUCUGGGAGAUUUCAGCCUCACUUCCUGUUGAUUAAAUGCUAAUAGUCACAUGUUAGCCGUAAACAGCUGGAUGUGAGACUCGCCUCUCGCUCUGACGAGAAGCCGUAAACAAAUAGCUGAGCAAACCGGCCCCGUCCUGCUGUGGUUGGAUGUAGCACAGUCGAGCGGAGCGAUGUGUAGCCGCCACAGGACGGAUGCUAACCUGUUAGCCACAGGUGACACACACACACGUUUCACCUCGUCCAUCAGGUCACGCUCACUCUGGACCGUUUUAAAUAAAAAAUUUUUUACCUCAGACUGUACCUGAUUGGUUUCCAGAUUGUACUUCCUGUGACUCCUCCAAAUUAAAAGUCUGUGAUUGUUACAUGUAUUUUUAAUGAAAAUCUUCCAGGCUGACACUUCAAGGGGGCGGGGCUAAUUUAUAGCUGGAAGCACAUUUGCUGUCUCGUCUCCGUCUGACACUGGAUUAUAAAAGGACGUUUUUUGUUCCUGAACUUCCUGUUUGUGACUACGAUGUGUGUUGAUGAUUUUUCAGUAUUAAAGUUAAAAAUCUCGGCUGCUUCAGUCGUUCCUGAAACAAUAAAAAGUGUUGUGGGCGUG